UCCAAGAUGGCGGACCAUGAAAGCCUUUCAAGACGAAAGCUAUUUUUCAAUUUUAAACACGAAGCGUAGUUGUAAAAUAGAACAAUAGGAAUGAUACUCUAGCUGAUUUCUUUGCAAAAUGGAGUCAGUCACGGAACAAAUGACCAAGACAGAUUUAGGUUACGAAAUACCUACUUGGGACAACUGGUCUCCCCUCGCAAAAUUUUAUCACCCUUUACAAGCUGGCAGCAUUGAUGGAACUGACACAGUGCCACAUGAUAAGGCAGUAAUGCGUGCGAUGCUUGCAAAGUAUAAGCCAAACAAAAGAGUAACUGGUGAUCCAGACAGCACUUUAUUUGUUGGAAAACUAAGCAAGGACACUAGUCAAGCAACUGUGUACAAGAUAUUUGCAAAAUGUGGAGAGGUGACAAGAUGUAGGCUAGUUAGAGAUGUUGUGACUGGAUUUUCCAAAGGCUAUGCAUUUGUGGAGUACAGAAGUGAGAGAGAUGCUAAUUUGGCCUGGAGGGAACUACAUGGUAAAGAAGUAGAUGGCUGUACCAUAUUAGUAGAAUAUGAAGCUGCAAGAUCUCUUAAAGGCUGGAUCCCAAGACGUCUGGGAGGUGGCUUUGGAGGAAAGAAAGAAUCUGGACAACUGAGGUUUGGAGGAAGGGAUCGUCUCUUUAGAAGACCAAUUCCAACACAACAAAUUGGAAACCAACACAAGUUUUUACGGGGUUCGCGAGAUCACGAGGGAAAUCGUGGACCACGUGAAAAUCCCCGUGACACUUAUCGUGAAAGAAACAACGACAACGUUCGUGAGAAUUAUUCCCAACGUGAGCGUGAUCGUGAUCGAGAUGGAUCUCGUGACAAACGGGAACGUGACAAAGAAAGCUCACGAAGCAGUUCUUACUUUCGUGAUCGCGAGGGCGAUACUGAAGGAAAGCAAUACCGUGAGCGUGACAGUAAUAGAUCGCGUGAUCGUUACAAAGACCGUGAACGUUAUGAAGAAAGUGAAAGGUCUCGCGUUAAAGAAAGACAUAGCCACCGCGAAAAACGAAGGGAAAGUUACGAGACUGGUGAUAAAAGGAGAUACGAAGAAGAAGACGGGGAGAUGCGGUAGUGUGUAGUUCAAAGAAGCUUAAUGCAGCUGUCGAGUGAACUAUUUGUUGUCACCGAAAGGUAAGCCUUGCAAUUCUAAGGAUGGCAACAAACCGGUAUUGACCUUUCAAGUAAUGCAAGAAAGGAGAUUCGCUUCUCGAUGAGGCGGAAGAGCCACACAACGUCAAUAAUACUCGAAGUUAUUCUUCCACUUUAAUUAGUUCGUUGCGUUUGUAAAGGAGACAGAGUGAGGAAUGCUUUAGUCUCGCAGAGUUGUUCAUGAUCAUCUUGUGGAUUGACAACACCGAGUUUAUGGUAGAAUGUUGAAAAGUUAUACAAGAAAAAAAGUUGCUGCUUUUGGAAUACUCGACUUACUUUGUUCGGACUCUUAGAGUAGCCUAAGGGUGAUACCCCGAGGUAAAUUAAUUGAGUGUGAACAAGAGAUUAUAAUCUCUUAGUCUUAAAUAAAUUAACAGUUAAAAGGGAACUAAUUUAUUUGUGAUCAGUUCACCGAAGCCUAUUUUGUUUAUCUCGGGGUUGUAUGAUAUUCAACUUCCUUGUUUAUACGAAUGGUCUCAUCUGCUGACGAGAAUCAAACCUGCGAUCAGGCGUUCUUUUUCCGGGGGGAGCGCGAUACUGUAACAGCGCAGAAGGAGGCACCUGGGUGUUACUCCGCCUUCCUACUCUGGCGCAGCAGCACUAUCAUGUUUCCCCCCGGAAAAAGAGUGCCCGGUCGCAGUAUAAUUAGAUGAAGAUCUUUUCCAGUUCCGCGAAUUUUGCUAACUGGCGGAUAUUGCUUGCGACGACUAUUUAUCAUCGAAAAAACGUUUGAGUAAAGCUUAUGGAGCAUUCUUUGGAGAUGAAAAAGUUCGUUCCUGAAUUAUGGUCAAUAUGACCUCUAUGCAGUAGCAUUUAUAUCCUUUCAUCGAAAUGAAAAUUACUUAGCAAACCCGCGCGAAGCAUUUUAAGGAAAAAAAAAAUUCGUUAGUGACCAAUAAUUUUUGGUCAGAGCAAGGGACCUUGUGUUUACCGUCUCUUGAUGAAAAAUGUUUAAACUGGUAUGCACGACUAUUGAAAUAAUGCACGUUUAUAUUUAUUUAUUUAUUUACUUGUCUGAAAAAAGGAAAACUAGGUGACAAAAUCGCAGUAUUAUUUUCCCACUCAAUAACAAUCAAAAUAAAUUGCCAUGCCGUUACACUAUAGAUCAAGUCUCCUCAAAUGAAGAAAUAGUGGGGAACAAAACAACGAGAGAGGAGAGUCAUUGUAAUUUGCAUAAUCAAAGAACGGCCAGUCAUCUAACGUAGCCAGACGUUGGCUUGGUCGUUUUAAAAUGUUCGUGACGCACAUCGUUCAUUAAAAUUAUUAUUUCUGUGCACAGCUGCGUAAAAUUAAGCACUUGUGGGAACCGUGACGAAUUUCCUUUGUGUUCUGUUUUGAGGUCAAUCAAAAUCCUUGCACGAAUAUCGGGCUGGGUAAAGUACGUGUAGUAAAAAUCAUGAGGUUUCAAAAAAAAUGAACCCAAAUAUCAGACGUUGACGUGCAUGCAAAUUUUACAAUGAUAGUGUGGUAAUGUACUUCUAAUAAAGUGACUCUUAAUUCCA